UUGAUGGGGCCUGUGGACAGCAGCCAGUAUUUUGACUGGUGAUGGUUUUAUCUCACCUGGAUUUCCCAGGUGGCUUGCUUCCUCUUACUCUACUCACCUUUCACCUCACUUCUCAAAUUCCUGUCUUCUUUACAUUAGAAAGUAUUAGUGAGCAUCCUUGGUACUUUGUCUACCUGGCAUCUUGCCCCAGGGGAUGAAAUUAGAUGCUGUUCUCCGGCGCAGGCUUCUAUCUCACUGAGUUGUUUUGAAGUUUAUGGUAUGAAGUUGUAUUUAAUUUUUUUCUUUUCUUUUUUUUAUUUGCUGGUUUUUACUAUUCUUUUAUUCAUGUCAUAGUAAUUGCGGUGUGGGAGAACGGUCCUAUGAUCCAGAUUUAUUAUAAUUUUUACGUGUUUGUCCUCUACACGCUGUUUCAACCGCAGUCCUUCUGAAUGUGUUCCUGUAGGAACUGCAGAUUAUAAAAUCUGCAAAUAAAUCCCCACGGUUACCAAAGACGACAGAACAAUGAAAGCAAACACUCGGAGCGACUUGCUAAUGAAUAACAGCCACACCUUUUAUAUUUACGGUGUGCUGUUGCCUUACUCCAUUUUCAUUAAGCCCCAGCAGGGCAGCAUCUGCCUCUCCGCCCGCACCCGCAGAUCUAAGUCUGAGCUUGGCCCGCAGCAGACACCCAGAAAUGUUUGGAACGAAGAACGACUGUCACCCCCCCUUUACAGACCGGAAGACUGGGGUCCCAAACAUUGAGGACCUCGUCCAAGGCCACAUAUCUGAAGCUGGAAGAAAAUGGGCAAACGGGAAAGCGGGACGCAAGGCGGACAACGAGCGUACGUGGGACCGGGGCCUGUCGGGGAACGCGCUCUGGGCGGAUCCCCCGGGAGGCGGUGACUCGGACCCGCUCAGCCACCACCUGCCGGGCAGCUUCCGCCCCAGUGGGCCACGCGGUUGCCAGGGAAACAGCAGGAGCGCCACGCAGGCGCAAAGCAUGCAGGGGCGGAAAGCGCGCUGGCGGCCGAGCGGACCCGCGCUGCGCAGGCGUAGCGUCUCCGUUGCUAGGUUCCGCCUCGCCUCUGGCUCGCGGCCAUAGUAAGGUUCUGGAGCCUCGCGGUGGAGAGGAGAACGCUGGAAUCCCCCUCUCUGGGGCUGUUCGCACCCCUGGCUAUUGCUUUUCCCUUUUCUAAGUGAGAGGAUAUCCCCAGUCCCAGUCCCUCUCCAGAAGGACCUUCCGCCAGCGCCUCUGGUGGUCUCCUGACUUCUGCAGCCAGCUUUCAGAGGGCGACAGAAGAGCUUCCAGGCGGGCGAGGAAAAGAGGGAAAGUAGCCAGCAUGUCGAACGCAAUGUAUAAUAAGAUGUGGCAUCAGACCCAGGAAGACCUCGGUUCUUUGCUUGUCAAAGAAGCCGAGAAGAGGACGGAGCCGCUCGGAACCCAAGCUUUCAUCUUGCAGCUGUUGGCCACCUUCUACGUCAACUACGUGCAGAUCUUCAGGGACCUGGAGGAUGUCUAUGACCAGAUGGUCCAUCCGCAGAAGCGAAUCCUGAUCCGAAAAAUCCUGGACGGAGUGAUGGGUCGCAUCCUGGAGCUGAAGCACGAGAUGGUCGAGUUGGAGUUGACUGAGUUUCAGUAUUUUGAUGACAUCUUACAGGAUCUCAAAUUGGCUCCUCAGCAAUUAGAUAUUCCCAUACCCAAGUAUUUUUUGAAGGAGAAGUUGGAAGUCGUAAAAGGAAGAGAAAAAAUCCUCUCUCAAAUAUUAGCCGACACUGGAUUCAGCUUAUCCGACAAGAAAUACCCUAUAAAGCCUAUGCCCCUGGAAGAGGCAGUUAAAGUGAUCCAGGUUUCCGAGAGGGCACGGCAAGGGCGCCUCCGAGCCAUGUUCAUGAAGCAAAUCUAUCUUCAAGACUGCAGAGCGAAGCAGGCCAGGUUGUCUGGCGAGAAGUUUGCAGACAUGGGGGCUGCCGCGCUGCGUAUCCAGAAGGUGUGGCGAGGCUUCCGUCAGUGCAAGAGAACCGAGAGGGAGAGAGAAGAGGAGAUGAUAUUCCUGGGCAUGAAUCCACCUCCUUCCUUUCACGAAGUCAGCGAUGCAGUGCUCCAGGCUGACAGGGUGGCCCACCUGAGGAACGAGGUGCAGAUGAGGCACGAAGAGGAGUACAGGGACGCCUUGGUUACCAUCCAGGACAACCUGAGGCUGAUGGAAGGUCCUGACAUCAAGGAGAACCUUCAGGAUCAGAUCCGGCAUUGGUUCAUCGAGUGCAGGAACUUAACAGGCUCGUUUCCCGACUACCCUAAGGAAGAAGAAGGAGGUUCAGCUGUUAUUUUUUCCAACAAGACCCCACAGCAGGUGAUUGAGGAUAUUCUUGAAAGCCAAGAGGAGGAGGAAAAAAGCAAAAAGAAAAAGAAGAAAAAGGAAAGUAAACCUGAAAAAGAAAAGGAAAAGAAAGAAACGAAGGAAAAAAAUAAGGAAGAAGAGGAGGAGUGGAAAAUGUCACCGAGUGUGUUCCUUCCUACGAUGGAGGAAGGAAACAACACCUACCGAGACCUGUGGAAGAACAGAGAUGAAUCCUGGAAUUUCCCCCAGGGCUACGAUCCUGAAAUGAUCAAAGAGGUGAAACGGAAGGAGGUGGAGUCAGAGAUCAGGAUGCAGGUUGAUGAGUUGAUGAGACAAGAACUGAAAAACUUAAAACUAGCUGUGAACAGAGAAAAGGAAUCAGCGGCCAAACCAGGAAAGAAGAAUAAAGGUAAAAAGAAAAAUAAAGGGAAGAAAGGCAAGAAAGGCAAAAGGGGGAAGAAGGAUAAAGACCUGACGGCUGACAGGACCACUGAGUCGCUGUAUAAGGAGCUGGUGGAAGAAGGCUUACUCAUCCAGUCUCUGAAAGUCAACCUCUCUGACUACAUUGGUGAGUACAGCUACCUGGGCACCACUCUUCGCCAGGUUUCCAUAGAGCCCAUGCCUUCCCUCCUGGACGUCCGACAGCUCGUCACCCUGUAUGGGAUCCUGCCACUAGGUUCUGCCGCGGUGCAUGAGAAAGCUCCUCUGGUGAAAUCUCUGUUGCUGGCCGGGCCGUCUGGGGUGGGGAAGAAGAUGCUGGUCCAUGCCAUCUGCACGGAAACAGGAGCCAACCUCUUCGACUUGUCCGCAGCGAACAUUGCUGGGAAGUACCCUGGCAAGAGUGGCCUCCAGAUGAUGCUGCACCUGGUCUUCAAGGUGGCCCGCCAGCUCCAGCCCUCCGUGGUGUGGAUCGGAGACACAGAGAAAAUCUUCUACAAAAAAGUCCCCCAGGCGGAGAAGGCGAUGGAGCCUAAACGCCUAAAAAAACAACUUCCCAAAAUCCUGAAACUCCUGAAACCAGAGGACAGGAUUCUGAUCGUGGGGACAACACACAGACCUUUCGACGCUGAGCUUCAGUCUUUUUGCAGAGUUUACCAAAAAAUUAUUUUGGUUCCCAGACCAGACUAUGCUUCCAGAUACGUUUUGUGGAAACAGAUCCUUCAGCGCAACGGCGGAGUCAUCACUGAAGCCCUGAAUGUCAGCUGCCUGGCGAAGAUAUCAGACGGCUUCACCCAGGGCGACAUUGUCCACGUGGUCAAGCAGGUGCUCACAGAGCGGAGGGUCCGGCAGCAGCAGUAUAAGCCGCUCAUGGCCGUGGAGUUCGUCGCGGCGCUCACCAGCAUGAGUCCCGUCUACCAGGAGGAAGAAGACAGCUUUAAGAACUGGUACGCCAAGACCCCUAUGGGCAAAAAGCGAGCCUUGGUGUUAACAGGGGGUAACCCAGAAAAUGAAAAGGACAAAGGGAAAAAGAAGGAAAAUAAAGGAAAAAAGGAGAAAAUGAAAAAGUAAUGGCUUUCCAAGGAGCCAUCCUUGAGUCUCUGAGGGAUGGAAAUGGCCUGACUCUCCAAGAAUGAGAUUCCCCACUGUCUUCUGCCCAUCCGAAGACCCUGGCUGAUGCCACCAAGGCCAGCAGCCCCGCCCUUGCUCGGUUAGAUCUUCACAGGCCUUCCACCAAGUCCAAGUGCACAACAGUUGUCUCUAGACUCAUAAUGGUUUCUUAAUCUAUGUGGGGUUUGCUUAUAACUGAAAUUCCCUCUUCACACACCCCACAAUCCUUCCGGCUUGGACACUUCAUCUCAUCAGGACUAGUUGCCAAAUUUAAAAUUUGACAGCGAGAAAAUACUCUAUUUCGACAACUAGUAAGUUCAGCCUGUCAUUGGCACUACUGGCUUUUUACUAAUCCAUAUAUACUGUAUAUUAUCUUGCAUAUACUUUAAUAAAUUAAUUACUCGAUCUAUUCAUAUAUUUUAUAUAAGGGAAUAAAAAUGGUUUUUCUUGAACUGACUGAGGAGUCUGGUUGCUGGAGCUAAAAAAAAAUCUUUAAAAGGAACUCAUUUAAUCUUCUGACUUUGAAGAUGGGAAACUAAGGCCCAGGGUCACAGUUCAUAUUUGGCACAUUGGGACCCAAGUCAUUGCCUCUUAAUUCCCAGUUUACUGCUCUUGAGAAGCAGCAGAGCACCCGCAAGCCAGUGGCUGGAUGAAAACUAUGGCAUAAAGGCAGGACAAAAAGAGGAGAAGAGAAACCCCAGUAAAGAAUCAAGAAACACUAAAUAAGAAAAAAGACUAAAGAAAAGGAAGGGGAGGGCCAAC